AUGUCUACUAGGCAAGCGGUGUUUGAAAGAGAUGUGGAUGAAGAUAGAUGGCCCAGAUCAGCACGAGGGUUGGCUGGUGUUAACACUGUAUUUGAAGGUGAUUCAGAGAUUAACUCUAAAGCAAUGCGAUUAUUAGAGAAGACUAGGCAUCGCAGGAAUUUACUAAAUCGUCGAGAGGAUCGUCGCCGUUAUUUGGGAGGGGUUAAGGCAAAAGCAAUUGAAUCAGAUUAUUACCAUCGCAAUCAACUACCAAGCUCAUAUGAUGCUGGUAACGACGAUUUUGAGCCGAUCAAUAACUCACAUGUUGAAUCAGAAGAAGAAAAUAAGAGACUUCCUGAGAAAUACUCUUUGGACAAAUACGUUAAACGUAGCAGAAAGCAAAGAGAUCAUAGGCACAUAGUGGCGAAGCCUAAAGAGAAACGAAACUUUGCUCCUAGUAAGCUUGCCAUGUAUGAGAUUGAAAAAUAUCAAAGAUCAACAGCAUUACUGAUACAAAAGAUCCCAUUUGCUAAACUUGUCAAGGAAGUCACAGAAGAAUUUGCCGGUGAAUCGCAAGAUCUUCGUUGGCAAUCAAUGGCCAUCCUCGCUCUUCAGGAAGCAAGUGAAGCUUACUUGGUAGGAUUACUAGAGCAUACAAAUUUGUUGGCAUUGCAUGCUAAACGUAUCACGAUUAUGAAGAAGGACAUGCAAUUAGCUAGGAGAAUAAGAGGACAGUUCAUCUGA